CCGGAAGGGAGGAGGGCCUGUCUGUCCAUGUAUCUGUCUGUCUGACGGUGGGCUGAGACUGGAGACAGGCAGAGCCGGUGUUUGUGAUGGGAGCUCGCUAACUAGAGCGAGGGCGACUAUACCUUUAAGUGAAAGGAAACGAAUCGAGAAACGAUCAGCGGUCUCGCUGGGUCGCGUAGCUAGUUUACUCGUCUUACUGGGACUUUCGAUAUGAUACUUUUUACACUGAUUUUAAUGUUUUGCUGCCUACGAGAUAUCACAGGUCAGUUGGGGAAUCCCUUAAACAAAUACAUCCGCCACUAUGAAGGUUUAUCAUAUGACACAGAAGCCCUGCACAACAGUCACCAGAGAGCCAAGAGGGCCCUCUCUCCUCAGGACAAGACCGUUCACCUGGACUUCCAUGCACAUGGAAGACAUUUUAACCUGCAGAUGAAGAGAGAUACAACUAUAUUUCCUCCAGAUGUCACCAUUGAGGUUUCAGGAGUGGAGGAGCCUGUUGAUACGUCUCAUAUUUACACUGGAGAAGUCUUUGGUGAAAAGGGCACCCUAACCCAUGGCUCUGUGGUCGAUGGGCGCUUUGAGGGCUUCAUUGUUACACACCAAGGAGUAUACUAUGUUGAACCCUCCGAGAGAUACCUCAAGGACCAAAUUGUGCCCUUCCACUCCAUCAUCUAUCAUGAGGAUGACAUUGAUUAUCCUCAUAAGUAUGGCUCAGAGGGUGGCUGCGCUGACCACUCAGUGUUUGACAGGAUGAGGAAGUACCAGGCGUCCGCUGUAGAGGAACCAGUCAAAGAUGGACACAGUGUUGUGGAGGAAGAGAGCGCUCAUGGUCCUGUCAUUCUGAGGAAAAAAAGGGCUGCAGCAAAAGAUAAAAACACUUGCCAGCUCUUCAUUCAAACUGAUCAUCUUUUCUAUAAAUACUACGGCUCAAGAGAGGCUGUCAUUGCUCAGAUCUCCAGUCAUGUGAAGGCCAUUGACUCCAUCUACCAGGCCACUGACUUCAUGGGUAUUAGAAACAUUAGCUUCAUGGUUAAAAGGAUCAGGAUAAACACCACCACUGAUGAAAAGGACAAAACAAAUCCUUUUCGCUUUGCCAACAUCGGAGUGGAGAAGUUUCUGGAGCUGAACUCUGAACAGAACCAUGAUGACUACUGCCUGGCUUACGUUUUCACCGACAGAGACUUUGAUGAUGGAGUCCUCGGCUUGGCUUGGGUUGGAGCACCUUCAGGAAGCUCUGGGGGCAUCUGUGAGAAGAGCAAACUUUAUUCAGAUGGAAAGAGGAAGUCUCUGAACACUGGUAUCAUCACCGUGCAGAACUAUGCAUCCCAUGUCCCACCUAAGGUGUCACACAUCACCUUCGCUCAUGAAGUGGGCCACAACUUUGGUUCUCCUCAUGACUCUGGGAUUGAAUGCACCCCUGGAGAGUCUAAGCUGCAGGAAAAAAAGGAACAGGGAAACUUCAUCAUGUAUGCCAGAGCAACAUCAGGAGACAAACUUAACAACAACAAGUUCUCCAUUUGCAGCAUUCGCAAUAUAAGCGCUGUUCUGGCCAAAAAGAAAGAUGACUGCUUUGUCGAGUCUGGCCAGCCUAUCUGUGGAAAUGGGCUGGUGGAGGCUGGAGAAGACUGUGACUGCGGCUACAGUGAUCAGUGUAGAGACUCUUGCUGCUAUAGCGCCAAUGAAGCUGAGGGCAAAAGAUGCAAACUCCAACCCGGCAAAAUCUGCAGCCCCAGCCAAGGCCCAUGUUGCACAUCAGAGUGUACCUUUAAGGGCAGUAAGGCAAAGUGCAGACUGGAGUCGGAGUGUGCCAAAGAGGGCAUGUGCAAUGGAGCGACUGCUCUGUGUCCUGCCUCAGAACCAAAGGAAAACUUCACCUCCUGCCAUUCAGACACACAAGUCUGCAUCAGUGGGGUAUGCUCUGGCUCCAUUUGUGCUAAGUAUGGCCUAGAGGUUUGUACCUGUGCUAGCCAAGAUGGUGCGGAUGAAGCAGCUGAGCUCUGCCAUGUGUGCUGCAUGGAGAAGUCGGACCCCAGCACCUGCAGCAGCUCAGGCUCAGAUAAAUGGGCUAGCCACUUCAAUAAAAAGGUGAUAACACUGCAGCCAGGCUCCCCCUGCAAUGACUUUAAGGGCUACUGUGAUGUGUUCAUGAGGUGUCGUCUUGUGGACGCCGACGGACCUCUGGCAAGGCUGAAGAAGGCCAUCUUUAAUGCAGAACUGUAUGAGAAUAUUGCCGAGUGGAUAGUGGCUCACUGGUGGGCAGUGCUGUUGAUGGGCAUUGCUCUUAUUAUGCUAAUGGCUGGAUUUAUCAAGAUCUGCAGCGUCCACACUCCCAGCAGCAACCCCAAACUGCCUCCACCAAAGCCACUGCCAGGUACACUUAAGAGGAGGAGACAGCAACAUCCAAACCAGCAGCAACAAGGCCAGCGUCACCACCGCCAGCACAGAGAGAACUAUCAAAUGGGACAGAUGAGACGCUGAGACUCUACUCCGCUCUUUGCCUUGGUUCUUCCUAGUGCCUACAUCAGGAGCACUUCACUCCAAAGAGAUACCUUUACUGCAUUUUGCAUAAUUCAAAGAACUUGCACAAUGGAAUCGAUUUUUCACUGGACUAAGCCUGAAGUUUGGGGCCUAACAAACUUGUCAAAGCACGUCUGCUCUGAGAGCCAGAUUAGCCGUGGUUCAAACAGCUUUUAUAGGAAACACAGUAACUUUUCCAAGGAGCAACAGGAGGAGAAAUUUGUUGAUCUCGUCUUAAUCGUAAUCUUUCUUUGAAUGCUUUAUUUCUCUCAGAAUGGAGGCGAGGGAAGAUUUCACUGUCCUCUGUACUCCAUCUGUGCCACCUUUUUUCUCCCUUCUUCCUCUCUGAGGCGCUGCUAUCAUCAACACAGCAGGAUUGCAAGUCACGUGGGACCUGAGAGGUUGAGGCUGGAGGAAAAGUCUUUUUUUGCCAAUAUGAUACGAUUGUUUUAAAUCAAACUACCAUCAAAAAUUUUAGCUUUUAUUUCUAAAGCAUACAUGUUCUUUCAGUCGGCAGUUGUAUAGAUGUUGCUGUUGGUUUUCUCUCUGUUGCAAUUUAUUUUCUGCUUAAUUAAGAUUAUUUUCUGUCAUAAUUCACUUUCUCAGGAUUAAUAAAACAACAAUGGAUGAGUGUCUGGGAUGGAAAAGAUGGCUGCAUGUGGGUUUCAGGGGGAAGUCCUUCCUGAUUGUGCAGCAGAGUUCAUGUGAGCUGCUGAGAGGUUGUUGGAAAAGAAUGUAGACAAACAGGCUGAAUAAGAUUACAGAGUCAUCUAAUAUCAGAUGCAGGGCUGUGGAGGGGAGAGACAUUAUCUGGAUAUGUAGAUUUGAUGUUGUGAUAGAGUUUUGCAGCCGUGUUUACAUAGAGGUGUUGUCUGCGGCUCAGAUAAAAGCUUUUUAAUAUCUUGAUUGUAUCACAUCUUUUAUUCUGUCCUACCUGUUUCUACCUGACUUUCUGCUUUGGCUCUGAUUGGUGGCACAUUUGUGAAAUGACCACUUGUGCUACAUUCAUUUAGAAAUAGAAUGGUUAAGAAUGUAUUUUCACUUUUGGGACAAAAUAAUCCAUUUUAGAGAAGAGGAGUCCUGGAGUGAUUGUCCUGCCCACUUGCGAUCUGUCACUUUUUUUAAUUUUCACACACUGGCAAUUGUGGCAGAAAUGACAAAACCUAUUAAAACCACUUAUAGCAGUUAAAUCCUGGGGGCUCUGUACCCAGGCGAGCCUCACUGGCUUAAUGUGAUUUCAUUUGUAUCCAUUUUACUUGCAGUCUAUUUUGUUUGUAUAUGUCGAGUUAAACUAGAACUUCUGUUUAUCGCUGUUUUGUUGCUGCUGUUAACAUUUACAUUUGCGUACAAUCACUUUGCGUCUGCCAUCCAUCUGCUGCUCUGUCCUUUAUUUUCCCACAGAUCAGAUUUUCCUCAAGGAACUCUGUUACCCUUGUUAACCUUCUUGUAGUGUGCAACUACAUUAAAAUGUGCCUACUCAGAGCAGUGACACACAGUGAUGAGGCGACAGAUUUCAAAUCCCCCUUCUAAGUCUGGACUGCUGAGAUUGUAGUGAAAACAAUAAGUUCAUUUUAUAUCCCUUUAUUGACCUGCUCAUAUUUGACUUAGGUUGCAUUUUCUAUUAUUUUUGAAGCAGAUUUAAUCAACUUGAAUGAUAGAUGUGAGUGGAGCCGAUAAAAAUGUAAUGAAAUAAAAAAUAUGUAUAGUUAUUUAUAAUUAUUUCAGGAGGAUUUAACUUGGCAGAGAAAGACAGAUUCUUUUUCUUUUCCUCCUUGCAAAAUAGUUGAACCAAGCAGCACUGCAGCUCAGCGCUGUUUUCUGGAUGUUCUAUUGAGUCUAUGCAGAGUAUCACAGAGCUCAACACACCGAACAAGUAAGCCUCUUACAAAGAAAUGCCUUCACUGUUUUCUCCCAAAUGGGUACAUGGAAGUCGCAUUUUUUUCUGAACAGACAAAAAAAAUGCAAUCCUCCAUGGCUUUGAAAACUGAUUUUGUUUGUCUCUUUGGUGCUACUAGCAGUGCUUUUUUUUCUUGGGUCUGAGCUUAAAGUUUUAUUUUCAUUAUCUUUGGCAAAUUUUAAAGCUUUCGUGUGGUGUGUGUGUGUGAGUGUUUGUGUGUGAAUAAGUGUUUGUGUGAGAGAUGCUUUGCUGAAUCAUAUUUUUUGUUGUUAUGGUAAGGUGAGGACAAUACUGGGUUUUAGGGGGAUUAUACUCUGGGAAAUGUUUCUUCAUGUAUUGCUAUUAUGUUGAGAAAAUGUGCACUGAAGUAUAAGUGAUGUAAACAGCGAAUCCAAAAUGGUAUAGAUUCAGUACUACUGUCUUGAUUUUAAUGUGUCCUGUAUUUUAUACGUCUUCAAUGUUUGUUGUCUUCUUUUUGUUCUGUUUCCCAUUCUGCUAACUUUGAAAUUUUAUUGAUUUUGCAAAAGUAAUGUGCAAAAUGUAAUUUCCUUUGAAUUACUUGAAAUUCAUUAAUAAACCAGAAUUGAUCAAA